CGCAAACAAGUCUAAUUGUCGCAUAAGUCAUAAGAAAGUUGAUGACGAUGGCUUGUAAGAAUUUGGUUGCCAUUCUCAUAAUUGUCUCUCUCUUUGGUCUUCACCAAUGUGAUGAUGAUCCACAUCCCAAGGGAAUAGAAAGAUGUUUUACACGAUUUGUUGGAAAGCCAUAUUCAUUGGAGGAUUUGUGUUGUGUCGAAGCUCCCUGGAUUUGCUUCGCUGGCUACCUUACGGACGAAUGCAUCAAGAGGUGCCCGCCUUUGCGUGAAGGAGUACCACCGUCUCCACCACGGCGAAAAGGAGUAGCACCGUCUCCACCACGGCGAAAAGGAGUAGCACCGUCUCCAUCACCCAUGCGGAAAGGAGUAGCACCGUCUCCAUCACCCAUGUCAUGAUCUUGUUUCUAAUUUUAUAUUACAAAAAAGUGACCAAAUAAAGGAAAAUAUAUAAAUGAAUUAAUUACAUAGUCGUCCAGAAAAUCAAAAAUUUUGUGUUUUCUUUGGAAAACAAUAUUAACAUUUAUGUGAUGGAUUCGAAUUCU